AAUGACGACCUCGAGAAGGGUAACAAGAGUCGGCAUGUCGCAAUGCGACGAGAAGCCGACGACUUCGAGGUGUACCAUGACCGAAGGCUCGCCUGCGAGAAUCGAUACCAACACCUCUUCUGGUGAAGCAGAAUGGGCAAGUGAUUGUCUGAUGAUGUCACGCUUGUGCCCUUGACGGCGUGAGCUCCGCAGUCAUGGGCUGCGGGACUGCCAUGCCGUGCCGUAACAGGGUCCUCUUCGACCAUUACUACCACGGCCCGCUCCGGGCGCAGCUGCCAAUCACUGCCGGUGAGCAGGGCAUACGAGGACGGUCAGCAGCGUUGUCUUAUCGUCUCGCCACGAUCAUUGCGCUCGCUUCGCUUGGCACAAUGGUGAGCGGCGCGAUGGUCGAUGUCGUGAUCGAUUGGGCAAGGGCAACGCUCAUCCGUGUCCAGAGCAACAGCGGCGGCGCCUUCGCCGGAUUGUGGCACGGCAGAGUACGGUUCAAAAUUCCUACCUGGCAUGGAACGUCGUGGCAGCAAAGUAAGGCGACGCAAAGCGUCAACUCGUCGGAGAGAUGUCAACUCAGCGCAUGGCCGGAGAGAAGUGCCUACAGCCUACCCAGUCUAGUGGGCCUUGAAGGCCGCAGCCAAAUGUCCAGCAAUGGAGAGUUCAGUCUUCUACUAAGUCGACGGGGUAUGGACAUGCCAAGCCCAGCGGACGCCCGUCUGAAGUCUGAAGAAGAAGAAGCUCCCUACGGGAUGCCCCUUGGACGCCGGACAGUUGCCUCUUUCAGCAUCAAGGAUCCAUUCUUCCUCGUUCGCAAUGGCUAACCAUUCUCACCCUCGCUUGGGUAUGGAUUGGAGCCACCAAUGUACGGAGCACGCCACCCGGUGCCGCUUCAUCGUAUCGUCCAAGCGAUGAUACUCGCUGGGCUGGUGAUGGGGCUCUGCCCUUUGCCAGGGCAACCGGGCAACCGUGCGACGACCGUGUGUCGCCGUUGCCGUAGCGGCCGCAAUCGCCGCCGCCACCGUCUUCGUCGUCGGUGGGCCGCGCUACGCUCUGAGAACCCGUCGACGGCUACACGACCGUAAUCACACCGCCACAGACUUGCCAGUCAGGUACCAUAAUGCUUAGAUGACCUCG